AUGUUGCGCAAGACUCCUCUUUCCUUUUUGGCGGCUUCUCGUCUCCUGUUUUCAGGAGGUGGCACAGGACCCACUCCAUAUCAGGAUAAACCAUACCCUGUACAGCCACACAACCUGAAUGAGCUUCAGCAACCACCUGAUGCAUGGCGCAAGAGCCCCUUCAUGAGUAAAUUGAUGGAUCAGGCGCUUCCUGUCUAUGAUGAUGUGGUGACGGGUGCCGGACGUCUUUACUGGCAAGAGCCUGCUAAGGUGUGGCAUUUCUUUGAGGCCGAUGACACUCUUAUUCUCGAGGAGCACGAUCGUGAAGAGUGGAAUGAGCGACCGUAUGUUGCCGUUAACCAUCUGUAUGAACCACCAAUUGGUAGCGAAGAACGUCCUAUUCGUAUUGAAGCUGUGGGUAAUCCUGGUGAUCAUCAAAUUGUACUGUGUUUUGGUAACUGCGCACCUCACGUGCCACAAUCCAACUAUUAUAUGAUGAUGAAGGGUUACACAAAGAAUAAGUGUCCAAUGUGCCAACAGUGGUUUUACAUUCACAACCGUCCAUGGUUGGUGAUGCACCCUGACUGGACAGAUGAACCUGCUGCAGAUGAGGGUCCGGCGUACACGUUUGCUGAAAUCGAGGCUGAGUUUGAUCGUGACUUCCAUGAGUUUGCAGUUUACCUGAAUGCUGAGUAG